CUCUUCCGUCCGUACGGUGCAAACCACCUAAUCUCUUUCUCUCUCUUUAUAUCAGGGUCCUCUGUGGUAAAUCCUCCCAGAAAACCCUAAUCAAUUUCCCCCAAAUUUUUUUUAUCUCAGAAUUUUGGUUGCAGACGGGGAUCGAUCUCGACCGGUUUAAAUGACAGCGGUGGGAAUAGACUCUAGGAUGCUAAAGCGAAUCAGGAAAAGGCCUCGGUCCGCCUGGGACGUCGGCCCCUCGGAGUACGAACCAGAGGCGCAACGGCCAUUGUUGGCUGGUAAUCAAGCGAAUGGAAGAAAUGGAUCGCCUCCGAAACGAGACGACGAUCGUGAAGGUCAUUAUGUUUAUAAUCUCGGCGAGAAUCUCACUCCAAGAUAUAAAAUUCUUAACAAGAUGGGUGAAGGCACAUUUGGUCGAGUUUUGGAAUGUUGGGAUCGUCAAACACGUGAAUAUGUGGCCAUCAAGGUUGUUCGGAGCAUACGAAAGUACCGGGAUGCAGCAAUGAUUGAGGUGGAUGUGCUUAAUCAGAUUGCCAACAACGAUACUGGCAACUCAUGCUGUGUGCAGAUUCGCGAUUGGUUUGAUUACCGCAAUCACAUAUGCAUAGUGUUUGAGAAGCUUGGACCAAGCUUAUUUGAUUUUCUAAAGAGAAAUAAAUACUGCCCAUUCCCUGUGGAUCUUGUUCGGGAAUUUGGACGACAGCUUUUGGAAUCUGUAGCAUAUAUGCAUGAUUUACGCUUAAUCCACACUGAUCUGAAGCCAGAAAAUAUUCUUCUUGUGUCUUCUGAAUAUGUAAAGCUUCCUGGUUUUAAGAGGUUUUCUUCAGAUGAAAUGCAAUACAGGUGCUUGCCCAAGUCUAGUGCCAUUAAGCUGAUUGAUUUUGGUAGUACUGUGUUUGAUAAUCAGAUUCAUAGCUCCAUUGUUUCCACAAGGCAUUACAGAGCCCCUGAGAUUAUUCUAGGUCUAGGAUGGACUUAUCCAUGUGAUCUGUGGAGCGUAGGUUGCAUCCUUGUUGAACUUUGUGCGGGUGAAGCAUUAUUUCAAACGCAUGAGAACUUGGAGCAUUUAGCAAUGAUGGAGAGGGUAUUGGGACCUCUGCCCCAGCAUAUGACUCAGCGGGCUAGUCAUGGUGCUGAAAAGUAUUUUAGGAGGGGUGCAAGGCUGAAUUGGCCUUUAGGAGCAGUGUCACGGGAGAGUAUAAGAGCCGUUAAGAAGCUUGAUAGUUUGAAGGAUAUGGUAUCACGACGUGUAGGGUCCUCCAAAUCCAGUUCGUUCCUCACUGAUUUGUUGUACGGGCUGUUGAAAUAUGAUCCAUCUGAGCGUCUCACGGCUCGACAGGCCCUUGCUCAUCCCUUUUUCAAGAUAACAACCUGAGGAACCACAUAAUCAAAUUUAAUUAGAGAGUUGCAGCAUGAUCUGAGUUUGGUUCACCAUGCUAAUAUUCUGGUAAACAGACCAGAGAGAGUUCGGACAACGAGCAAGUUGUGCUUCACUUGUACAUGUACAGAGAUCUAAAUGUUGAGAUUUUGCCCUCCGCAUUAUAGUGAAUGAAAUGAAAUAUUCGCCACCAAAUCUUUUCACU